GCACGCGGCGCCGCUGUAACCCGAGCGCUUCCCUACAAAGUGCCCGCGCCCGCGGCGGCGGCGGCAGAGCCGGGCCGGCGCGCACCGAGGGCGGCGGCGGGCAGGGCGGCAGGGAGGCAGGCGGCGGCGGCGAGGGGCCGCCCUCGGCAGCCGCUGCGCCCGCCAUGGGGCCGCGCUGCGGGCCGCCGCGGCGCUGACCGGCCCCGCGCCCCGACGUGAGCGGCGGCGGACUUUGCCCGGACCUCCCCGCGGCGCGCGGGCGGCUCCGCCGAGGGAGCCCCUCACCGCCGGUAACGACGCCCGCGACCCCCUUCCCCUGGGCCUCCGCUCUGCUCGGGAUCCCGGCCCCCUCUCCCCUCGGGGCUGUCCCGGACCCCCCCCACCCCCGGUUCCCGGCGCCCCCCCGUCUCUGAAUCCCGGGUCUCCCCUGCGCCCCCCGUGCGUUGCGCCCCCUGAUCCCUCACCUCAGGGCUGUCCUGUCCCCGGGCCCCCCCUCCAUCCCCUCUGCCCUCGGGGCUGUCCCCUCCUGGGAAUUGUAACCCCCCACGUCGGUGGGGCCCCAGCACCCCCCUGCGACCCUGAUCCCGGGACCCUCUACCCUCGGGGCUGUCCCCGGGACCCCCCUCACCUCGGGGCACCCCGACCCUUGCAGCCGCAGGUCCCCCUUGGUCGGGUAGACCUGUGCCCAGCGCCCUGGCCACACGGGGGUCAGGGUCGUGGUCCCUGCUGCCGGCUUGCAGGGGUCAGGUCCCUGUGCCUGAGCGGGGUCCCUCCACUCAUGUCCCCUCACCCAGCCGUCGAGGUUUGAGGGCUGGAGGGGGCUCGGGGCUCCCCCCUCCUCCCACCAGGACAACAUGCUGUGGGGACUCGUGUCACCCAGGCCCCCCGUGGCGUGUCCCCCGGGGCACCCCGGGGCAGGGCUAAGAUGCAGAGGUGACACCCCCGUCCCUCCCCACGCGUCCCAGCUGGCCGGGGCUGUGCGGGGGCGGGAGCUGGCUGCCCGGCACAGGGCAGGGCGCUGGCGGCUGCGGGCGCUGCUGCUGGCUCCGGUCACUGGGCUCCUGCCUGUCUUGCAGGGUGCGAGCCGCCGCGCCAGCGGGGCCUGGAAGAUGUGGCUCCCGCUGCACAUCCUGCCGGGGCUGCUGCUGGCGGCCGCGGGGGCUCGGCCAGCUGCUUCCCCAGGCAGGACGCUGGAGCCAGAGAUGUUCGAGAGCCCUUUGCUGGAGUCAGAAGAGGAACAUCUCCUGCUGGACCCAGGCAAUGUGUUGAAGCUGUACUGCGAUGCCAACCACAGCAGUGCCAGCGUGGUCUGGUACAAGGAGUCCAGGCCUCUUGUCCCAGGAGGUCGCAUCCAUCUCCAGCAGAGCCUGUUGGAGAUCUCAGAGGUCGCCUAUGAGGACUCGGGGCUCUACGUGUGCCGGGCACGGGUGACUGGGGAGAUCCUGCGCAACUUCACCAUCUCUGUUGUGGGUAAGAGCCCAGACUCACUGGCAUCGGGUGAUGACGAUGAAGACAGUGACAGGGAUGGUCUGCACAGAGACCGGAACGAGGAGCCCAUCUACGUGCACAGAGCGCCCUACUGGACGCAUCCGCACCGGAUGGACAAGAAGCUGUACGCGGUGCCCGCAGGGAACACGGUCAAGUUUCGCUGCCCGGCCUCGGGCAGCCCCAGCCCCAGCAUCCGCUGGUUCAAGAACGGGCGCGAGUUUCGGGGCGAGCACCGCAUCGGAGGCAUCCGGCUUCGGCACCAGCACUGGAGCCUGGUCAUGGAGAGCGUGGUGCCCUCCGACCGCGGCAACUACACCUGCCUGGUGGAGAACAGGUUCGGCAGCAUCCGCUACAGCUACCUCCUGGAUGUGCUGGAGAGAUCCCCGCACAGGCCCAUCCUGCAGGCUGGGCUGCCUGCCAACACCACAGUCCUGGUGGGCAGCGACGUGGAGUUCUUCUGCAAGGUCUACAGCGAUGCCCAGCCCCACAUCCAGUGGCUGAAGCACAUCGAGGUGAACGGCAGCAGCUACGGUCCUGACGGCGUCCCCUAUGUGCAAGUGCUCAAGACUGCGGACAUCAACAGCUCAGAGGUGGAGGUGUUGUACCUGCGCAACGUCUCCAUGGAGGAUGCCGGCGAGUACACCUGCCUGGCCGGGAACUCCAUCGGCCUCUCCUACCAGUCCGCCUGGCUCACCGUGCUCCCAGAAGAGGACCUGGAGCGGGAAGCCGAGGCCCCCGAGGCCAAGUACACGGACAUCAUCAUCUACACAUCGGGCUCGCUGGCUGUGGCCAUGGCUGUCAUCAUUGUGGUACUGUGCCGGAUGCAGACCCAGCCAAGCAAGCAGCCUCUGGAGCCCAUGGCUGUCCACAAGCUCUCCAAAUUCCCACUCAUCCGACAGUUCUCCCUAGACUCCAGCUCCUCCGGGAAGUCCAGCACGUCCCUGAUGCGCGUCACUCGUCUCUCCUCUAGCUGUGCCCCGAUGCUGGCUGGGGUCAUGGAGCUGGACCUGCCCCUUGACUCCAAGUGGGAGUUCCCCCGAGACAAGCUGGUGCUGGGCAAGCCCCUGGGAGAAGGCUGCUUUGGCCAGGUGGUGCGGGCAGAGGCGUACGGCAUCGACAGAGACCAGCCGGACCAAGCCGUCACUGUGGCCGUCAAGAUGCUCAAAGACAACGCCACUGACAAGGACCUGGCUGACCUCAUCUCCGAGAUGGAGAUGAUGAAGCUCAUGGACAAGCACAAAAACAUCAUCAAUCUCCUGGGAGUCUGCACGCAGGAUGGGCCACUGUAUGUGAUCGUGGAGUUUGCUGCGAAGGGCAACCUGCGUGAGUACCUCCGGGCCCGGCGGCCCCCGACGCCUGACUAUACUUUCAACGUCACCGCGAUGCCCGAGGAGCAGCUCUCCUUCAAGGACCUGGUCUCUUGCGUCUACCAGGUGGCCCGUGGCAUGGAGUACCUGGAGUCCAAACGGUGCAUCCACCGUGACUUGGCUGCCCGCAACGUGCUCGUCACGGCGGAGAGCGUGAUGAAAAUUGCUGACUUCGGCUUGGCCAGAGAUGUCCACGACAUCGACUACUACAAGAAAACCAGCAAUGGUCGCCUGCCCGUGAAGUGGAUGGCCCCGGAGGCCCUGUUCGACCGUGUCUACACGCACCAGAGUGAUGUGUGGUCCUUUGGGAUCCUGAUGUGGGAGAUCUUCACCCUGGGGGGCUCCCCCUACCCCGGCAUCCCCGUAGAAGAGCUGUUCAAGCUGCUGAAGGAGGGGCACCGCAUGGACCGGCCGUCCAACUGCACCCACGAGCUGUACAUGCUGAUGAGGGAGUGCUGGCACGCCGUGCCCUCCCAGCGCCCCACCUUCAAGCAGCUGGUGGAGGGGCUGGACAAGAUCCUGGCGGCCGUCUCCGAGGAGUACCUGGACCUCUCCAUGCCCUUCGAGCAGUACUCGCCCUCCUGCGAGGACACCACCAGCACCUGCUCUUCGGACGACUCCGUCUUCACCCACGACCCGCUGCCGCUCGCUCCCUGCCUCUUCACCUACCCCAGUGUGAGGACAUAAGGGCGGGCAGGGACGGGGGAUGCCAAGGGCACCGCUGCUCUCGGGGGCAGCGGAUCCGGGCACGAAGCGGGCGCAGGGCUGUUCCCUGCUGUGCAUGGGCAGGGCCCCGAGCCACAGUGCUGGGGCAGGGGGCCCCUCUCUCCAGGGCCUGGGGGACUUGGGCUCCUCCCUGCCUGGCCUCAUCUCUGCGCCGUGCCUUCAGUCCAGACUGAGACCUGCAAAUCCGGGCCUGGCGUUGCAUGAGCUAGUGCCUCUCUGGGACGGGCGCUGCCCCAGGUCACCUGCUGCAUCACCCAGAGAGCCGGGCUUUGUCCGGCGUUGCUUUGACUGGAUGUUUCAAUGGAAGUGUCUCCUGGCGGGAGCCCUGCUGCCUGCCUGGCUCCUGCCUGCCUCUGUACAUAGCCAUAGAGAUGAAUAUUUAUGUACAUGAACUAUCGAGCUGAUAAAUUAUUUUUUGGAAUAGA